AUGUGCGAGGAUAGGCCCAGCGGAUUGCAUGUAAUCUUGAAAAUCAUGACGGAUGGGCCCACCGUGGAUUUGAUCUCAGAAAAGGCAAAUUGGCCCAGUGCAUAUGCAGAUGUGGUCUCGGAAACAGUGACGGAUGGGCCCAGUCCGCUGUGUUUGGACUUGGAAAAGGCAACGGACGGGCCCAGUCCCCCAUGGUCUCGGGGAAGGCUAUGGAUGGGCCCAGAACAUGCUGAUUUGUUCGCGAAAAUGGUGGCAGAUGGGCUGAAUGUGCUUGGAAGGGACUCAGGAAUAGACCCUUCCACCCAUGAUUGUGGAAUCGGAAAGGGUGACGGAUGGGCCCGCUCGUCUUAUAUUGCCGAGAAUGGUGGAGCCCGUAGAUUUGGUCUCGGCGAAGGCGACGGGUGGACUCAACUUGUGUGUAUUCCCGAGAAUGGUGACGGAUGUGUGCAGCAUAUAUGUUGCAUGCUGGCAAGGGGCUACGGAUGGACCAUCCGACAUAUUCCAUGGGAGUGCUCGCUGGGGAAAUGUCUGACAGCGGCCGGGUUCUAUAUGAACCCGUUGGUUGUGGGCAUUCCGACAACUGUGGAGAGUCAUAUGCGUGAACCGAGUGUAGGACUAUUGUAG